GAAACAGGAAGCGGAAGCCUCGGAGUGGGCUCCUGCGUGCAAGAGGCGUUCGGCGGAGGAGGAGGAGAAGGCUCUUUGAAACGAAGGGAGCAGAGGCUGUUUCUCCGGAGCCGCCAUGGCGGACGUCACCGCCCGGAGCCUCCAAUACGAAUACAAGGCGAACUCGAACCUCGUACUCCAAGCCGAUCGCUCCUUGAUUGACAGGACUCGCCGCGAUGAGCCCACGGGGGAGGUCCUGUCGCUGGUUGGGAAACUGGAAGGCACCCGGAUGGGCGACAAGGCCCAGAGGACCAAGCCCCAAAUGCAGGAGGAGAGAAGAGCAAAGAGGCGGAAACGUGAUGAGGACCGACAUGACAUUAACAAGAUGAAGGGCUACACUCUGCUUUCUGAGGGCAUUGAUGAGAUGGUGGGGAUUAUCUACAAACCCAAAACCAAGGAGACCCGGGAAACCUAUGAAGUUUUGCUGAGCUUCAUUCAGGCAGCUCUUGGGGAUCAGCCCCGAGACAUUCUCUGUGGAGCUGCUGAUGAGGUUCUGGCUGUUUUGAAGAAUGAGAAGCUACGCGACAAGGAGCGUCGGAAGGAGAUCGACCUCCUGCUGGGACAGACAGAUGACACUCGUUACCAUGUGCUGGUGAACCUGGGCAAGAAGAUCACAGACUAUGGUGGGGACAAGGAGAUCCAGAACAUGGAUGACAACAUUGAUGAGACCUAUGGGGUAAAUGUGCAGUUUGAGUCUGAUGAAGAGGAAGGGGAUGAAGAUGUUUAUGGUGAAGUCCGAGAUGAGGCGUCUGAUGAUGACAUGGAAGGAGAUGAGGCAGUUGUGCGCUGCACUCUUUCAGCCAAUCUUGUGGCAUCAGGUGAACUGAUGAGUUCAAAGAAGAAAGACUUGCACCCGCGAGACAUUGAUGCCUUCUGGCUGCAACGGCAGCUCAGCCGCUUCUAUGAUGAUGCCAUCGUAUCUCAGAAAAAAGCUGAUGAAGUCUUGGAAAUCUUAAAGACUGCCAGUGAUGACAGAGAAUGUGAAAACCAGCUGGUCCUGCUCUUAGGCUUUAACACAUUUGAUUUCAUUAAAGUGUUGAGGCAACACAGAAUGAUGAUCCUAUACUGUACACUCCUGGCUAGUGCCCAGAGUGAAGCUGAGAAGGAGAGGAUUAUGGGAAAGAUGGAGUCUGACCCUGAGCUGUCCAAAUUCCUGUAUCAACUGCAUGAGACUGAGAAGGAAGAUUUGAUUCGGGAGGAACGUUCUCGCAGGGAGCGGGUGCGCCAGUCCCGCAUGGACACUGACCUGGAAACCAUGGAUUUGGAUCAAGGAGGGGAGGCUUUGGCCCCUCGGCAAGUUUUAGACCUGGAAGACCUGGUGUUUGCCCAAGGAAGUCAUUUCAUGGCUAACAAACGAUGUCAGCUGCCAGAUGGUUCUUUCAGGAGACAACGCAAAGGCUACGAGGAAGUCCAUGUCCCUGCCUUGAAGCCAAAGCCCUUUGGUUCAGAGGAGCAACUAGUUCCUGUGGAGAAGCUUCCCAAGUAUGCACAAGCUGGGUUUGAGGGGUUCAAAACACUGAAUCGAAUUCAGAGCAAACUCUACCGUGCCGCACUUGAGACGGAUAUGAAUCUGCUCCUAUGUGCCCCUACUGGUGCUGGGAAAACCAAUGUGGCUUUGAUGUGUAUGCUGCGUGAGAUAGGGAAGCAUAUCAACCUGGAUGGAACUAUCAAUGUGGAUGACUUCAAAAUUAUCUACAUUGCACCAAUGAGGUCCUUAGUCCAGGAAAUGGUGGGCAGCUUUGGGAAGCGCUUGGCCACUUAUGGCAUCACUGUGGCUGAGUUGACUGGAGACCACCAGUUGUGUAAGGAAGAAAUAAAUGCCACACAGAUCAUUGUCUGCACCCCAGAGAAAUGGGACAUCAUCACCCGCAAAGGAGGGGAACGCACAUAUACCCAGUUGGUGCGCCUCAUCAUAUUGGAUGAGAUCCAUCUCCUUCAUGAUGACAGGGGCCCUGUUCUGGAGGCUUUGGUGGCCAGAACCAUUCGCAACAUCGAGAUGACCCAGGAAGAUGUGAGGCUUAUUGGCUUGAGCGCCACCUUACCAAACUAUGAGGAUGUGGCUACCUUCCUGAGAGUGGAGCCGGCCAAAGGCUUGUUCUACUUUGAUAACAGCUUCCGCCCGGUGCCCCUGGAACAGACUUAUGUGGGAAUUACUGAAAAGAAAGCCAUCAAGCGCUUUCAGAUCAUGAAUGAGAUAGUGUAUGAAAAAAUCAUGGAGCAUGCUGGGAAGAACCAGGUGCUUGUGUUCGUCCACUCCCGGAAGGAGACUGGGAAAACAGCCCGAGCCAUUAGGGACAUGUGUUUGGAGAAAGACACCCUGGGUCUCUUCCUGCGAGAGGGCUCUGCUUCCACUGAGGUCCUGAGGACAGAAGCUGAGCAGUGCAAGAAUUUGGAACUGAAAGACUUGCUGCCCUACGGCUUUGCCAUUCACCAUGCUGGCAUGACUAGAGUGGACCGAACAUUGGUGGAAGAUCUGUUUGCAGAUAAGCAUAUCCAGGUUCUGGUCUCGACAGCAACCUUGGCGUGGGGUGUUAACCUCCCUGCUCACACUGUCAUCAUCAAGGGGACACAAGUGUACAGCCCAGAGAAGGGCCGCUGGACUGAGCUGGGUGCUCUGGACAUCUUGCAGAUGCUGGGUCGUGCUGGCAGACCUCAGUAUGACACCAAGGGUGAAGGUAUCCUCAUCACAUCUCAUGGAGAGCUGCAGUAUUACCUCUCGUUGCUCAACCAGCAGCUUCCAAUUGAAAGCCAGAUGGUAGCCAAGCUCCCUGACAUGCUGAACGCAGAGGUUGUGUUGGGUAAUGUCCAGAAUGCAAAGGAUGCUGUGAACUGGCUUGGCUAUACUUACUUGUACAUCCGCAUGUUGCGUUCCCCCACCCUGUAUGGGAUAUCCCAUGAUGACCUGAAAGGAGAUCCGUUGCUGGACCAGCGGCGGCUGGACUUGGUGCACACUGCUGCACUGAUGCUGGACAAAAACAACUUAGUCAAGUAUGACAAGAAGACAGGAAAUUUCCAGGUUACUGAGCUGGGUCGCAUUGCUAGCCAUUACUACAUCACCAACGAGACCAUACAAACCUACAACCAGCUGCUCAAGCCCACUUUGAGCGAGAUUGAAUUGUUCCGUGUAUUCUCGCUGUCUUCUGAAUUCAAGAAUAUCACUGUGAGAGAGGAAGAGAAACUGGAGCUACAGAAGUUGCUAGAGAGGGUCCCAAUCCCAGUGAAAGAGAGCAUUGAAGAGCCUAGUGCUAAGAUCAAUGUGCUCCUCCAGGCCUUUAUCUCUCAGUUGAAGCUGGAAGGCUUUGCUCUCAUGGCAGACAUGGUGUAUGUCACUCAGUCUGCCGGACGACUCAUGCGUGCCAUCUUCGAGAUUGUCCUGAAUCGAGGCUGGGCACAGCUCACUGACAAGACUUUGAAUCUCUGCAAGAUGAUUGACAAGAGAAUGUGGCAGUCCAUGUGCCCCCUUCGUCAGUUCAAGAAGCUACCUGAAGAGGUGGUGAAGAAAAUUGAGAAGAAAAACUUCCCCUUUGAGCGACUGUAUGACUUGAAUCACAACGAAAUAGGGGAGCUGAUUCGGAUGCCGAAGAUGGGGAAGACGAUCCACAAAUACGUUCAUCUGUUCCCCAAGCUUGAGCUGUCUGUCCACUUGCAGCCCAUCACCAGAUCUACUCUGAAAGUCGAGCUGACAAUCACUCCUGAUUUUCAGUGGGAUGAAAAGGUCCAUGGUUCAUCAGAGGCCUUCUGGAUUCUGGUAGAGGAUGUGGACAGUGAAGUGAUCCUGCACCAUGAGUAUUUCCUUCUGAAGGCCAAGUAUGCCCAAGAUGAGCACCUCAUCACCUUCUUUGUGCCCGUCUUUGAGCCACUUCCCCCGCAGUACUUCAUCCGGGUCGUCUCGGAUCGCUGGCUCUCCUGUGAGACGCAGCUUCCAGUGUCCUUCCGACAUCUGAUCCUUCCAGAGAAGUAUCCUCCGCCAACUGAGCUGCUGGACUUACAACCUCUGCCUGUUUCCGCUUUGCGAAACAGCGCCUUUGAGAGCCUCUACCAGGACAAGUUUCCCUUCUUCAAUCCCAUCCAGACCCAAGUGUUCAACACUGUCUAUAACAGCGAUGAAAAUGUCUUUGUGGGAGCUCCCACUGGCAGUGGAAAGACCAUCUGUGCAGAGUUUGCCAUACUAAGGAUGCUGCUGCAGAACUCGGAGGGCCGCUGUGUCUACAUCACGCCCAUGGAGGCCCUGGCUGAGCAGAUCUUCCUGGAUUGGUACGAGAAGUUCCAAGAACGUCUUCUCAAGAAAGUCGUCCUGUUGACGGGGGAGACCAGCAUAGACUUGAAGCUGCUGGGCAAAGGCAACAUCAUCAUCAGCACGCCUGAGAAGUGGGACAUCCUCUCCCGGCGCUGGAAGCAGCGCAAGAAUGUGCAGAAUGUCAACCUCUUCAUCGUGGACGAAGUGCACCUCAUUGGUGGCGAGAAUGGGCCUGUCUUGGAAGUGAUCUGCUCUCGGAUGCGCUACAUCUCCUCCCAGAUUGAGCGGCCCAUCCGCAUUGUGGCCUUGAGCUCCUCCCUCUCCAAUGCCAAGGAUGUGGCUCACUGGCUGGGCUGCAGUGCCACUGCCACCUUCAAUUUCCACCCCAACGUGCGCCCUGUGCCCUUGGAGCUGCACAUCCAGGGUUUCAACAUCAGUCAUGCUCAGACCCGCCUGUUGUCCAUGGCCAAGCCAGUUUAUCAUGCCAUCAUGAAACACUCGCCCAAGAAGCCGGUCAUUGUGUUUGUGCCAUCUCGCAAGCAGACCCGCCUUACGGCCAUUGACAUCCUCACAACUUGUGCCUCGGAUGUCCAGAGGCAGAGGUUCCUGCACUGUACAGAGAAGGAUGUGGCUCCAUAUCUGGACAAGCUGAAUGACAGCACCUUGAAGGAGACUCUGGUCAAUGGGGUGGGCUACCUGCACGAGGGGAUGACCUCUAUGGAGCGAAGAGUCGUGGAGCAGCUUUUUUCCUCAGGUGCCAUUCAGGUGGUGGUGGCCUCGCGCAGCCUCUGCUGGGGAAUGAAUAUGGCCGCUCACUUGGUCAUCAUCAUGGACACUCAGUAUUACAAUGGCAAGAUCCAUGCGUAUGUGGAUUACCCUAUAUAUGAUGUGCUGCAGAUGGUGGGUCAUGCCAACCGUCCAUUGCAGGAUGAUGAAGGACGCUGUGUUAUAAUGUGCCAGGGAUCCAAGAAGGACUUCUUCAAGAAGUUCCUGUAUGAACCUCUGCCAGUGGAAUCUCACCUGGAUCAUUGUAUGCACGAUCACUUCAAUGCUGAGAUUGUCACCAAAACCAUUGAGAACAAGCAAGAUGCUGUGGACUAUCUCACCUGGACCUUCCUAUAUCGCCGGAUGACUCAGAAUCCUAACUACUACAAUCUGCAAGGUGUUUCCCACAGGCAUCUCUCUGACCAUCUCUCUGAGUUGGUGGAGCAGACGCUCAGCGACUUGGAGCAGUCCAAGUGCAUCAGCAUCGAGGAUGAGAUGGAUGUGGCACCUCUCAACUUGGGCAUGAUUGCAGCUUAUUACUACAUCAACUAUACCACCAUCGAGCUGUUCAGCAUGUCCCUGAAUGCCAAGACGAAAGUGCGAGGCUUGAUUGAAAUUAUUUCCAAUGCUGCAGAGUAUGAAAACAUUCCCAUCAGGCACCAUGAGGACAAUCUCCUGCGACAGCUUGCCCAGAAAGUGCCUCACAAGCUGAAUAACCCCAAGUUCAACGACCCUCAUGUCAAAACCAACCUCCUGCUGCAGGCCCAUCUCUCACGAAUGCAGCUGAGUGCAGAGCUCCAGUCGGAUACAGAGGAGAUCCUGAGCAAGGCAAUUCGGCUGAUCCAAGCCUGCGUGGACGUCCUCUCCAGCAAUGGCUGGCUGAGCCCUGCUCUGGCCGCCAUGGAGCUGGCCCAGAUGGUCACCCAGGCCAUGUGGUCAAAGGACUCCUACCUGAAGCAGCUACCCCACUUCACCUCAGAGCACAUCAAGCGCUGCACAGAGAAGGGAGUGGAGAGUGUUUUUGACAUCAUGGAAAUGGAGGAUGAGGACCGCAAUGCCCUCCUACAGCUCUCCGAUGCCCAAAUCACUGAUGUGGCCCGCUUCUGUAAUCGCUAUCCCAACAUUGAGCUUUCCUAUGAGGUGGUGGAAAAAGAUGGCAUCCGCAGCGGAGGGCCGGUAGUGGUGCUGGUGCAACUGGAGCGAGAAGAGGAAGUCACUGGGCCAGUGAUCGCACCCCUCUUCCCACAGAAACGUGAAGAGGGCUGGUGGGUUGUGAUCGGUGACUCCAAAUCCAACAGCCUCAUCUCCAUUAAGAGACUCACGCUGCAGCAGAAGGCCAAGGUGAAACUGGACUUUGUGGCACCGGCUACUGGGACUCAUAACUACACCCUGUACUUCAUGAGUGAUGCUUACAUGGGCUGUGACCAGGAGUACAAGUUUAGUGUGGAUGUGAAGGAGGCAGAGACUGACAGCGAUUCAGACUGAGACCAGCCUUUGGUGUACGUCUCUGGCGGACCAUAGACAGAAAUUGAGACCCCUUGGAGCAGGGGCCUCACUGUGUGGCUCCUUAUCAAGACAUUUUCACUGGUGUGGUCUUGACCAUUGGACAGUUCCUGUUUUCCACUCUCCUCCCAAAGACCCUUUUCACCUACAUCUCCAGCCAUUGGUUGGAGAGUCUGUGUUUUUUGUUAGGAAACCUCAAUCAAUUGGAGGAAUUACCUCCAUGUCUUUCCAGCAUCAGAAGAAUCUUCAGUUUUUGGGGUAAAACUCAGCCCUAGAUUUGUGUACAGUAUUUUAAGUAACUGGCUUGUGUUGGUUCUUUUGAAUUGCUACUUGUGUCCAAAAUAAAAUUAUUUAGGGACAGA